AUGUCCUCCAUCGUCACGGCCUGGACCAUAGGGAGGAGACGCCAUGGCCCCACCCUCCCCGCCCUGCUCUGCCUCGGGCUGAGUGUGGGCCUGAGGACCCAGGUGCAGGCUGGGGCUCCCCCCAAACCCACCAUCUGGGCUGAGCCGGGCUCUGUGGUCCCCUCGGGGAGCCCCGUGACCAUCUGGUGUCAGGGGCCCCUAGGGGCCCAGGAGUUUCAUCUGGAUAAAGAGGGAAGCUCAGUCCCCUGGGACAGACAGAAACCCCUGGAGCCCGGGGACAAGGCCAAGUUCUCCAUCCCACAGAUGACUGAGCAGCAUGCAGGGCGCUAUUGGUGUUACUAUUUCAGGGGAAAUUGCUGGUCAGAGCUCAGUGACCGCCUGGAGCUGGUGGUGACAGGAUCCCAUGGCAAACCCAGCCUCUCAGCCCUGCCGAGCCCUGUGGUGACCUUGGGAGGGAACGUGAUCCUGCAGUGUGGCUCCCGUCAGGGAUUUAACAGGUUCCUUCUGACCAAGGAAGGAGAAAACAAGUCCUCUCGGACCCUGGAUGGACAGUGGAGCCCCGAUGGGCAGACCCAGGCCCUGUUCCCCGUGGGCCCCGUGAGCCCCGGACACAAGUGGAUGUUCAGAUGCUACGGCUUUAACAGGGACACCCCCUGGGUGUGGUCGGCCCCCAGCGACCCCCUGGAGCUCCUGGUCUCAGGGCUGUCUGGGAAGCCGUCCCUCCUGAUCCCACAGGGCCCUGUCGUCACCUCUGGACAGAACCUGACCCUUCAGUGUCGCUGUGACAUGGGCUAUGCCAGAUUCGCUCUGUCCAAGGAGGGGGGCCGGGACCUCCCCCAGCGCCCUGCCUGGAGGGCCCAGGGGGGUCUCUCUCAGGCCGACUUCCCCCUGGGCCCAGUGGGCACCGUCCAUGGGGGCCGGUAUAGAUGCUACGGUGGACACGGCCUCUCCUCCGAAUGGUCGGCCCCCAGUGACCCCCUGGAGCUCCUGGUCGCAGGAUGGCUCAGAGACAGACCCUCCCUCUCGGCACGGCCGGGCCCCUCGGUGGCCCCGGGGGAGAACGUGACCCUGCUGUGUCAGUCAGGAGACUGGACGGACACUUUCCUUCUGUCCCAGGAGGGGGCAGCUCAUCGCCCCCUGCGUCUGCGCGCCCAGGAUCAAGGCGGGCGGUUCCAGGCCGAGUUCUCCUUGAGUCCUGUGAGCUCGGCCCACGGGGGCACCUACAGGUGCUACCGCACACUCAGCACAGAGCCCCACCUGCUGUCACGGCCCAGCGAACCCCUGGAACUCCAGGUCUCAGGAGCAGCUGACAGCAUCAGCCCACCCCAAAACAAGCCAGACCCCAAGAGUGGUGAUUCUGACCUGUGCGCCCUUACCCCAGACUACACGGUGCAGAAUCUCAUCCGGAUGGGCUUCGCGGGCUCGGUUCUGGUGCUCCUCGGGGUCCUGCUCUACCAGGCUCGGCACGACCGCGAACGAUCCCAAGACACGGCCUGGAACUGA